GGUAUCUAGAGUCGGCUGCCCUCUUUAAAAAUCCCCUUGUUACAGUCAGGAUAGAAAACAAAAAGCCUAAUUUACCAGGAGGCUACACAGAUUGUGCCUUCUUAGGCAAAUGUUCCACCUGCUUGGCCAAUUAGCUUCCUCUCCCGAAAGACUCGUUCAACAGGUUUCUUUUUUCUGUUCUCUGCCUCCUGGGUUGGGGAAUGAGGCUGUCACUUCGCUUCGACCCUCCCCUUCCCUCCCUCUGGGCUCUUCCACUCUGGGUCGGACCAAUCGCGCCCGCUCCGACGUGUCCAGGUCCGCGGACACGAGAGCUUGGCGCGGCCCGGCCUGGAUGCGCGGGGCAGAGGGUGCAGGGGAGGGCACGGCGCCGCUUGCUUGGCCUGCGCCCUGGGACCUAGAAGCCAGGACGAGCCGGGGGAGAGCCAGGCGCGCGGAAGUCUGAAGGUGCCCUCCAGACACGGCCCCGAUGACUGAACUACAGCAAGAUGUGGAAGACACAAAGCCUGCGAAAGUGCUCGGGAAGAGGGAGAGCAAAGUUGGCUCAGCCCACUCAGAGGCUGAGAAUGGUGUGGAGGAGAAAAAGAAAGCCUGCAGGUCGCCAACAGCCCAAUCCCCUACCCCAUCUGUGGAGGCCGACUCCCCAGACCAGAAGAAAAUCAUUAGCCUACGCCCAUGUCUUCUCUCCAAAUCUAUGCUUCAUUCAGGACCAAGAGUCAAAAUCCAGUUUUGAUGGUGCCUCUUUAGCAAGUGAUAAGAACGACUGUAAAACAGAAAGCAAAAAUGACCCUAAGACUGAAAGAAAAAAGUCUUCAUCUUCCGGCCAGUACAAGGCCAAUAUGCACUUUCACAAGUUGUUUCUUAGUGUCCCAACGGAGGAACCACUGAAGCAAAGCUUUACCUGUGCGCUACAGAAAGAAAUACUAUACCAAGGAAAGCUCUUUGUAUCAGAAAACUGGAUUUGUUUUCAUUCUAAGGUCUUUGGAAAAGACACAAAGAUCUCUAUUCCAGCUUUCUCAGUAACCCUAAUAAAGAAAACCAAAACUGCUCUUCUAGUGCCAAACGCCCUGAUCAUAGCAACGGUCACAGACAGGUACAUAUUUGUCUCCUUACUCUCCAGAGAUUCAACUUACAAACUACUAAAAUCUGUGUGUGGACACUUAGAAAAUACAAGUGUUGGUAACAGUCCCAAUCCAUCUUCUGCUGAAAACAGUUUCCGAGCAGACCGCCCGUCAUCUCUGCCUCUGGAUUUCAAUGAUGAAUUCUCAGAUCUGGAUGGAGUGGUUCAACAAAGAAGGCAAGACAUGGAAGGAUACAGCAGUUCUGGUUCUCAAACUCCUGAAUCUGAGAACUCUCGAGAUUUCCAUGUGACAGAAUCCCAAACAGUUCUGAAUGUCUCCAAGGGAGAAGCAAAGCCAACUCGGGCAGAUGCCCAUGUGAACAGAGUACCUGAAGGAAAAGCCAAGAGUCUCCCUGCACAGGGUCUGUCAGAAACUGUUGGAAUCUUACAUAAAGUCAAGUCUCAGAAAUGUCCAAUGCUUCACCAUAUUCUUAUAUUCUAUGCAAUUGUUGUCUGUGCACUAAUCAUCUCGACCUUCUAUAUGAGAUACAGAAUUAAUACUCUGGAGGAGCAGCUGGGGUUACUAACCUCCACUGUGGACACCCAUAAUACUGAACAGGCAGCACCAUCUGGCCUGGGAUCACAAGUACAAUUCAAUGUGGAAGUUCUCUGUCAAGAGCUUACAGCUAACAUAGUGAAAUUAGAAAAGAUACAAAAUAACUUACAGAAGCUGCUUGAGAAUGGUGACUGAUCGACCAGAUUGAUUGGACCUUCGGAAUACCUCAUGUUUCCCUUUGAAGAAGGUGCUUCCCGGGGCGUUUUGUUUGAGUGCGCCCUGCUGGUCAGAGGCGCAAACAGAUGAGAAUCCAGACAUUGCAUGUGGCGGUCUCCAGCUCAGGAAAGUGGGGAGGGAAAUAAUUUUGGUUCUUGUGCAAUAAAAGUUGACCUUGACUCUCUGAGGAAGAUUUUGCUGCUGCUGCCUGAAGAAAACAGACCCAUCUCUGGAGGUCUCAGGAAGGGCCCAGCGGACACACUCUCUUGGAUAAUUACCAUAAUGGCAUCAGCAAACACUCCACCCUGUGCCUUGUUCAUCCUUCCCGCCCUCCUGCCUCUCCCUUACACCCCUCUUAACGACUUUCAAACUAAAGGAUGCAUCGUAUACCGACGAACUCAAUGUGGUCCUUUCAAGAAUUAGCCACAAGUCUGAAAAAGGCAAUAAAUGGCUCUAAGUGGACAGGUUUGCUUCAAACAAGUAACAUCUACCUUUUGUCUUUUUUUUUUUUUUUUUUUUUUUUUAGUCCUCCUGUUAUGUUCUGGUUUAAAUCACCUGUGUAUCUUAAUUUCUCAAUUCCUUUUUGGCAAGAAUAUCAAGCAAGGUGGAUUUAACAUUCCGUUUAUGUUUUGUUUUGUUGCUGUAACUAAUAGUUAAUUGGACUGGUCAAGAAUCUGUGAGGAAUGUGACUGAAGUACUAAAUUAAACUUAUGUUGAAACCAAACCUAAUUUUUAAGCCAAAAGGUAUAUAGUGAUUUAAUACAGGAUGAAAAACACUGAAUUUUUAAGACUGUAGGUGGACCAUGAUAGUAGUUUUGAAACAGGAUGUCUGUAUUCAGCAUUCAAUAAUGCUAAAAUCCAUUUCAGCAUGAAAUUUGUAUGUUUUUAUCUUUUGCUGACUAAAAUAAAAUAACUGGUGGUAUGCUAUUUACCAUAUAGGUUGGCUGGUUUUUAUUAAUAAUUGUUUAGGGUAUCAUAAGAUCUGUAAGUAUAAAGGAUAUUCUGUUUCUAUCCACAAUGCAUUUGAUAAUCAUUUCUAUGAAAUGUAUUUUAUUUAAUCAGAUAAGCUAAUAAGUGAAUUGGUUACAUCGUUUGUAUCUGUUAGCCUAGUGGACAGCUGUGCCUGGUGCACCUCUGGCUUUUAAUAAAUACUCAUUGGUUGAAACGCCCUGCUAA